CUGUUGCUGACAGCUAUCGCCUGUCAUUAUAAUUCUUGUGACAUUUUUGACUUACUUCAUACUUGUUUUGGUUCCUUCAAUUUUAAUUCUUUUAAUAAGUUGACGUCGGAUAGGACGGUAGUGAAGGUUAUAGAUUAUUUAUCAUGGCCCCGACAAAGCCUGCAGCUUCUGCCAAAUUACAAGGUAAAAGACCUCAUAUUCGUGGAAAAGGUCUAAAGAAGAAGAAGGUUGCUCUGAAGUUUGUCAUCGAUUGUACACACCCUAGUGAGGAUAGCAUAUUGGAUGUGGCAAAUUUUGAAAGCUACUUGAAGGAAAGGAUCAAGAUCAACGGAAAAACCGGUAAUUUUGCUGCUGGUAAGGGUAGUCAACAUUCUGUUACCUUGGGCAGAGAGAAAGGAACCAAAGUUGUACUCAAUUCAGAAAUUCCAUUCUCCAAAAGGUAUCUUAAAUAUCUUACCAAAAAAUAUUUGAAGAAGAACAACCUCCGUGAUUGGUUGAGAGUAGUCGCCUCUGGGAAGGAUUCCUAUGAACUCAGAUACUUCCAGAUCAACAGUCAAGAAGAUGAUGAUGAAGAAGACAAUGAGUAAAUGAAAAAGUACAGAUUGGACUUCAAUAAAUAUAUUUUCAAAACCUCUUAUUAUUA